CGACUCUUUGAUUGACAGCGUUGGCGUGUCCCUGUACGAGUCAUCUAUCCAUCAAGUUCUGCUACACAAACAUCUAUACAUUGCCCAACACACGUGUCCCAUUCACACUCACAGCCAGAGAAAAAAGUCGAUUGUCGUUACGUAUCCAUGCAGCUAUCCACAUCGCGGGGCGUGCAUCGCAUGAGGUUCUUCGCACCUCAACAAAAAGACACGACGCAACUCCCCCCGUCCGUUCAUCUCGCAUCCACCCAUCUACCCACCCAUUCACUCUCAUCUCUUCACCACAUGCCAAGCCCCCUCCACUCAUCGCUGUGGUUGCCUUCCAUCAGCAUGCACAGCAGCGCCCUCGUCUCCUCAGGCCGCACAAACUGCGGCUCGUAUCGCACCAUAUAUAGGCACACGGAAGGGGAGGACGGCUGGCCCAUCCACGAGGAGUGGGGAGAGGGGUAGGCCUGGGGCAGCAGCGGGGUGCGAGGGGGGCCGCUGCAGGGGGGCGUGAAGCCUUCGCUGUCGUCAAAGCUGGGCUGGCUGUGGAGGGGGGACUGUGACGUCACGUGAUAGAGCUCAUUUCGCCACCCUGACACAACAAUCCAGUCGCCCUCCUGGGGGAGGAGGACCAAGAGAAAGAAACAGCAUCCGACAGUCGUCACCUAUAUAUAGGGCUUUCUUUCUUCCCGCUCACGUCAGCAGCGAAGAAGCGUCCACUCACAAAGGCACUGUGGAUGUCGCUCAUCACCCUGACACAGACAAAAGACGUACACAACGACAGUGGUAACAUUUGCUGUGCAGGACAGUCCCCUCACACCGUCCUUGUGUGGUCUGACCCGUUGUCCAGUUUCUCUGCUUCAGCGUCGGAUCUGACGAAGAGGAAGACCUUGGAGCCGUCCGACAAGAAAGCCACAGGCUCCACCACUAAGCAAGGCGCCCUCCUCGUGUCCAUUCACUGAGGGAGACUGAAAGUUCUUGACAAGCGGCUCAGCUUCCACGUUGAGUCUGGCAUUCUUCACUGUGGUGUUUCCCCCUCCCCCUC